UGCAAACAAUGCAAGGAAUGCUUCACUCAGUCUAGUAGUCUAAAAUAUCACAUGCUUAUACAUACAGGAUUGAAGCCAUUUCAGUCGUGCCAUCUAAAAGACCACAUGCUUGUACAUUCAGGGGUGAAGCCAUUUCAGUACAAACAAUGUGACAAAUGCUUCACUCAGUCGG